AUGGAAAGGAGCAAUCACACAGUGACUGAGUUCAUCUUGGUGGGCUUCACAACAGACCCUGUGAUGCAGGUCCUCCUCUUUGUUGUGUUCCUUGGAGUGUACUCUGCAACCUUGGUAGGAAACACCAUCCUCAUAGCACUGAUCUGUAAUGACUCCAGGCUCCACACGCCCAUGUAUUUCUUCAUUGGAAAUCUGUCUUUCCUGGAUCUCUGGUAUUCCUCUGUCUACACCCCAAAGAUCCUAGUCACCUGCAUCUCUGAAGAUAAAAGCAUCUCUUUUGCUGGCUGCCUGGCUCAGUUCUUCUUCUCAGCUGGGCUGGCCUAUAGUGAGUGCUAUCUGCUGGCUGCCAUGGCUUAUGACCGCUAUAUGGCUAUUUCCAACCCCCUACUUUAUGCUCAGGCCAUGUCAAGGAGAUUGUGCAUCUGUUUGGUUCUAUACUCCUAUACUGGGGGUUUUGUCAAUGCAAUAAUAUUAACCAGCAACACCUUCACCUUGGAUUUCUGUGGUGACAAUGUCAUCGAUGACUUUUUCUGUGAUGUUCCACCUCUAGUAAAGUUGGCAUGUGACGUGAAGGAGAGCUACCAGUCUGUACUGUUCUUCCUUCUGACCUCCAAUGUCAUUACCCCUACCCUGCUCAUCCUGGCCUCCUACCUCUUCAUCAUUGCUGCCAUCUUGAGGAUCCGCUCCACCCAGGGCCGCCUCAAGGCCUUCUCCACCUGCUCCUCCCACCUGGUCUCUGUGACCUUGUACUAUGGCUCCAUCCUCUACAUCUAUUCUCGCCCAAGUUCCAGCUACUCCCUUGAGAGGGACAAAAUGGUUUCUACCUUUUAUACUGUGUUGUUCCCCAUGUUGAACCCCAUGAUCUACAGUCUGAGGAACAGAGAUGUUAAAGAAGCCCUGAAAAAGCUUUUCAAGUUGGCUCAAUCCGAAGUCUAA